AUGCCCCGAAGAAGGCCGAGGGAAGCAGUCAAGCGAUCAAAGACCUUCACAGGCUGCUGGACUUGCCGAUCCCGAGGAGUAAAGUGCGGCGAGGAGAAACCGGUCUGUGCCAGAUGCAGCAAAGGGUCCUUCCAUUGUGAGGGCUAUGGAGUUAAGCUUGUUUGGCCUGAUGAAUACAACAAUAAUCCCACGGGCGCCCAGAGGCGCUCGUUCACCCAGUUGAAGGAGACCAAGAAACCCACACUCAGUGAGCUACAACUUGAUAUUUCUCUCGCGACUUUGGAUGCAGCGACUGUCGUCGAUCAAGAGCAGGAUGGCCUCUUCUCGGUUUUUAGGCUGUCACCACCCAGAGCAGCUAUUUCUCCUAACCAGGUUGGGCCCUCUAACCAGUUCAUCGUGGAAUAUGGGAAUUCGGUUUUCGAGGCUUCGUCUAAUCAAGACUCCUCCAUCUCAACUAUAUUGGAGGGGUCGGGUGAAGACAAGGUUUUGCACUAUAAUGAAGACGAAAAAUUGGAUCUUUCAAUUUAUAGAUGCCGUUCUCCAUAUAGUUGGCAACACAAUAUGGCAUCUCAUUGGGAAUUCUGGAUGAAAGAUGCUAUGGAUCCUGUUAAACCACUCGAAUAUUUCACACCCCUUGAUGACCCGGGACCCCGAGGAGAACGAGAAUUAAUGCAUUACUGGGUGACGCAUCUGAGCGACCUGAUGAUAUCGGUGCGUUUGGCAGACAAUCCUUACCGUACUGUCUGGAUUCCCAUGGCUCUGGAAUCCAUGGCAGGCAAAGAUAUCUUGCUUGAGAACUCCGCUCUUCUUCAUGCGAUCUAUACGUUGUCGGCCUUCAACAAAUUUCAGCGCGUAGGCUCCAAUAGCCUACCUUACUCCAUCAGCGCCAUCAAACACUACCAAUUGAGUCUCGAGUAUCUCCAACAGGCAUCAAUGCAGCAACAUGAAGCGCAGCUGGAAGUUGUGCUGGCUACCAUUAGUGCUCUAUCACUCAUGGAGGUCAUCAAUGGCAACUUCUCAUUCUGGCGCAAACAUCUCAAAGGUGGCCGUGCAUGGCUUCAGUCCAUUGAGCGAGGGAAUUGGACUCGUUUGCAAAAGUCGGCGACUUAUCAAUUCUUCCUGUGUGCUGAAGUCAUUGGAUCCGUCUUUCCAAGGGCUGCCGAGGAUACACCCUUACGGAAUAUUCAUAACCGUGUCGUUGGCGACUCAGACUACAUCCAUAAUUCAACCUUUGGUGUUACGAGCAUUUUCCUAGACGCAGACUACGUUCUUGAUCAAUACUUCGGUAUUACAAAACCAAUUUUGGAGGCCAUCACACAUAUCAAUCAUAUUCUCGCAUCUCCCUACCGUCCCUCCAAGACCGAAUUGGAAGGACUUGAGAUUAAAAUUCGGCUCAACAGACCGAUUUCUGUAUUGAAAAGACAAGCAAACUUUGAGGCCGAAAGCCAGGUACUUAUGGAUUACAAAAUGAUGUUCUAUUAUGCCUGCUAUAUUCAUUUUAAACACAACCUACUGCAUACCGCUUCGGAGGACCUCCAAGGGAUAGUACGUCACACUCUCAUACAUUUACGAAACAUUGAAAGCCACGAAAUAACCCAUGGAUGCUGUGGAAUUUUAUGGCCAAUCUUUUUGAUCGCCUGUGAAUCCGACGAACGCAAGUCGCGCAACGCAUUCCUUGGAUGGUUCUCCACGAAGGCGAGACUGGGAUUGGGAAGUAUUGCUCCGGCUUUGGCUGUAGUUGUUGAAGUUUGGCGUAGGAGGGAUGCUGCAAGGUCCCGUGAUAAUGACAACUGCUUUGUGAGCUGGGAGAAAGUCAUGGCAGAAAUGGGAUUAGAUUUAUUUAUUAUUUAG